AUGGCAUUUCUCAUUCCUCCAUCAACCCUGGAAAGUCAGUCUACUAGCUCUCUUCACUCCCCACCCCUCCAAAACAAAAUGACACCCAGUGACGUAGGAAUCUUCAAAUCAACCCUUUUGCCCUCAUUCGGACUCUAUUCGACGCUCUCACUGGCAACAUACGUUGCAGCCGAAGCAACCGACCGAGUCGAACUGAAAGACUGGCUUUGGCCAUCCGCACAAGUUCUCAAUGCCUGGUGGAGCGCCAUCGGCCAACCAAUGUGCAAAGACAACAUCUCACUCGGAACCGCCUGGGAUGCUCUCCCAUGGACAGAACGAGUCCUUCUCAGCUGCGUAACUAUAUGGGGUACACGACUGUUCGCGCGGAUCGCAGCGCGGUCUCUAUCCCGCGGCCAAGACGAUUCGCGAUACGACGCAGUGAAAAAGGAGCCUGGUUUUUGGACAACUGCAGCUUUGAAGAUCUUUUUGCCUGAAGCUCUUAUUUUGAGUGUUAUCUCUUUGCCGUUUACGGUUCCAUUUACUGUGGGUGGAACUGCUCUCCGGAUGGAUGAUGAAGCGGUGGAUCUGGUGCGGGCGCUUGGCGUUGCAGUUUUUGGGGCCGGCUUUGCGAUGGAGGUCAUGGCUGAUACGCAGCUUGGAUUGCAUCGGCAGGAACGGACGGAUUUGUGUAGGCAUGGGAUUUGGGGAUUGGUGCGCCAUCCGAAUUAUCUCGGAGACACCCUUGUCCACUGCUCCUUUGCUUUGCUCAACAUCGCUGGCUUAUUUAAUCCCGCUGUGCUACUGGGUCCUCUGGCGAACUAUCUAUUCCUGCGGGUUGUAGGGGGCGACAAGCAGACUGAAGCUAGCCAAGAAGAGCGCUACAAGUCCGAGGACCCACAUAAGUAUGCGCAACUGCGACAAUGGCAGAAAGAAAAGAACAGUUUCUGGCCUCAGCUACGAGACUUGUUAAAUCCAUGGGUAAUGGCGGUUGCCGGGUGUGGGUUUAUUGCUGUGGCGAUUGAGGAAGGAUUUCGAGGUGCUUAUGAUAUGUAG